AUGGCAGCAGCAGCAGCAGCAGCAGCCCCAGGGAUGCGGAUCACGUCCGCGAGACAUCGUGUUUUUUCCACCCGAAAGCUGUUCUCAGCUGCCUGCUCUGCAACUCCGAGAUUCACUUCAGAAGGAUCAGCAACGGCGGCACUUUCCAGUUCGUGUAACCCUCCGCGACCUUUCCUCCAUUCCAGCUCCGCUCCCUCAAGAUCCGCCAGCUUCGUCGCAAGAGCAACGUCCGAGGAGGCCGAGAGAGGUGUUGCCGCUGGGUUGCCUAUCGAUCUGAGAGGUUUUCUUCUGGUCCUCGCUGCUCAUUCUCCAGUCCUAUACUACCCGGUAGAUUUUCAUGAGAGAUCUACAUGUUCUUUGAUUUCCACCUCGCAUGGCGUAAUAACUAGAGAGAGAGAAUCAACCUGGCUCCUGCAUGGCAGGGAUUUCUGCGAUUAUCCCUUGAAUCUGAUCACCUGUUCUUCUUCUCCUUCAGGAAAGAGGGCGUUCAUCGCCGGGGUUGCCGACGACAAUGGCUACGGCUGGGCGAUCGCCAAAGCUCUUGCUGCCGCAGGAGCCGAGAUUCUCGUCGGCACUUGGGUCCCCGUAAGUCAACACCCCCCUUCUUCAUCUUCCUCCUCCUCCCCCACUUUCCCCUUCGUCUCACUUCUGAGAGGGAGCUCAUCUCCUGAAUCCAGGCUCUAAACAUCUUCGAGACCAGCUUAAAGCGCGGCAAGUUCGACCAGUCCCGCCUGUACGCCUCUACCCUCCCCUCCCUCCUCCUCGCCUCGAACUCAAAAGGCUGGUUCUUCUGCUCUGUUGUAGGCUACCGGACGGCUCCCUCAUGGAGAUCACCAAGAUAUAUCCCCUCGAUGCCGUCUACGACUCCCCCGAGGACGUUCCAGAGGAUGUGAGUUCCCUCUGAUUCUUCUGGUCUUUCUCUCUCUUCAGUCGUCUGCUCGUCAUCAUCAUCAUCAUCAUUAUCAUCAUCUUCUUCUUCUUCAGGUUAAAUCCAACAAGCGCUAUGCCGGAGCAUCCAACUGGACUGUCAAGGUGAUGGGGAUUCCAUUGAUUCAGAUGAUGAAUAACUCAUCACUUCGGCUAAAAUCUUUUGGUGCCCGGGUGGAACUUGCAGGAAGUGGUUGACUCUGUGAAGAAUGACUACGGCAGCAUCGACAUCCUCGUUCACUCUCUUGCCAAUGGGCCCGAGGUGGUGCUCGCUUCCCUCUGCAGAUCAAAUCUCUUUGACUUCAUGCAGUCAGACACCGAGUUGACCUACCGAAAACCCACCUGGUCUCCCCUCAUCAGGUCGCUAAACCUUUGCUGGAGACCUCCAGGAACGGGUACCUCGCGGCGAUAUCCGCCUCGAGCUAUUCAUACGUUUCCCUCCUCCGGCAUUUCCUCCCGAUCAUGAAUCCAGGCAUGCUUCAUGGAUCUAUAAAUAGAAAUCUCUGCAUGUUCUAACCCUAAGUGGCUCUCACUCUUUCAUGGCUAACGUUGACUUCCACAGGCGGCGCCUCGAUCUCCCUGACUUACAUCGCUUCUGAGAGGACCAUUCCUGGGUAAUCAUCCUGUCCAUGAAGAAGAUACUCUAUCGAUUGCUACUCUUUAAUCAUCAUCAUCGUCAUCGUUAUUGGGAGUAAUAUGCAGGUAUGGAGGUGGGAUGAGCUCAGCCAAGGCGGCCCUCGAGAGUGACACCAGGGUGAGCUUUUGUCCCCACCCGCCGUCUUUACAUGGCUGACAGUAUCUAAAGCAUCUUCUCCGGAUGCAGGUGCUGGCUUUCGAAGCGGGGAGGAAGGGGAAGAUCAGAGUCAACACCAUAUCUGCCGGUUAGUCCCCCAAAGUCGUCUCCCUCGUUCAUUGCUGUGAUGGAAAAGAACCCAGAAAUGUCGACGAGAUGGUCUCACAUUACGGUGUUGACUUGGGAUGGAUGAGUUUACCCUAUGAAGAUCUCUGACUUGUCGUCCUGGGUGUUGACCAAACUGUUCAAGGCCCGCUGGGGAGCCGCGCCGCGAAGGCCAUCGGGUUCAUAGAGAAGAUGAUCGAGUACUCCUACGCCAACGCGCCCCUGCAGAAGGAACUCCGGGCAGGUAAGCGUUGAUCCGAAGUCCCCGCCCCCGUCAUCUCUCUCUCUCUCUCUCUCUUCCGCUACGCCGGCGAGGAAUCUCACCGCCCUCCGGUGGGUCGCAACUUCUCCGGCAGAUGAGGUCGGCAACGCGGCGGCGUUCCUGGUGUCGCCGCUGGCGUCGGCGGUGACGGGAACCGUCGUCUACGUGGACAACGGCCUGAACACGAUGGGCCUCGCUACCGACAGCCCGGCGAUCACGGCGUGA